AUGUCAUCAACUGAAUCUAACCCCACUUCCUCAACGAUCUCUGACGAUCAUCAGUCUGGAAAAGAAGACAGACCACGGAAGAGAAUCAAGGCCAAUUCACAGCCAGCAAAGACAAGGGAGCAAUCGUCCAAAAAGAGAGGCCGCCCUCAAAAAGUGCAGGAUGCUGAGACACCUGCCGAGUAUCAGAGACGCCGGGCUCAGGUCCGUCUGGCACAGCGUGCCUACCGUUCCCGUCAAGAAGCCACUUUGUCGCAGCUGAAGAAUCGUAUUGCUGAAAUGGAAUCGGUGAUUGAGACCAUGACCGAAGCCUUUCUUGCAUUUAGUGACAAGCUAAUGCAAUCGGGCGUUUUAAACGAAUCUCCCGAUAUUGCUCAGUCCCUCAAAGAGGUGACUGCCAAGUAUGUCGCACUUUCAAGUCAGAUGACCGAAACAGACGGAGAUGACGCAACAUCGCAAGAUAAAGCAUUAUCCCGACUCACUCCAUCAGAACAGUUAUCCGCACACCCAGCAAAGCAGACAAGCCAGUUGUCAGACCUCGUGGUUGCAGUCAAAUCCGCCCCCACGAUUGGUGACCUUGGCGACGCAGGACCUGUCGGCGCAACGAUACCGACCGAGACACCGGACAUGGCUAAUGUCUCUCUUGCUGGAAUGACAACUUCGACAAAUAUCAGAUUCCCAUCUCCUCACCUUAUCAACCUACGAACACCUAUGUCGCAUCUAUACGGUCCGGAUAGCCCCUUCUUCGCCCAACGGUUGCAUCUGGCCAGCUAUAAGCUCGCAUAUCAAUACCUCAAAGAUUCCACUGUUCCCGACUUCGCGUUGCUUCGGCACUUUGGUUUUCUGAUGUCUCGAUGGAGCCGAUCCCAACUGAUCGCGUAUUUGGCCUCUUUCCUGAAGUCUUCCGGGGGGGUUGAAGUUUCCAAGCAAUUCAAUCCCCCCAUGCUCAACUUGGGCGGUGCCGGGUUGCACUAUCCACGGAAGCAUCCGCUUAUUAGCGACCCCAAUCUGAAUUGGCUUCCCUCGGCUGAAGAUAUCGCGACAAUGUAUGCAAAUGGGCUGAGUCUUCAAGACUUUGAGGAGCCAUGGUUUGACCCGGGGGAUGUGGAAGGGUUCCUGGAAGACCGCGGCAUAAUCCUUUCCAAUCGGGAUAUCCUUCCAGAAAAACUACAGGGUGUUUCAUCGGAGAUCAAUAGGAACCAUCGUCAGGAUGUGGUUGCGAGAACAUUGCAGUCAAGUGUUUCGGACGGCCAAGCGAUGUUCUCACGGAGCUCCAUGUUGGCUGUCGAUGAAGAACAAUUGAUUGAUUGGCUCGCCUAUCGCGGCAUCUGCCUAGGCCGUUCGCCAGGGUUCCGCAAACGUGACGUGGAGAGGUUCAUAUCGCAAAAUGCUUGGCCCAUCGGCAUGCCUCAAAUGCCUAUUCAGGCCAUCGCAGUACUCUAA